AUGUUCACAUCUACACAGUGGUUGAGUUGUGCUUGGGCGAAGAAGGCUGAGGGAAAAGAUAUUAAAAAGAUUGUUUUAAAUGACAGGUUUUGGCAAAGUGUCUUAUAUGCCAUUACAACCAUUAGACCUUUAGUUCAUGUUUUAAGGAUGAUGGAUGUUGAGAAGAAGCCUGCAAUGAGUUUCAUCUACAAUGCCAUGGAUGAAGCCAAAGAUAUGAUUGCCUCUAACUUAGGAGGCAGUGAGGGAAGCUUUAGAGAAAUUUGGAAUAUUAUUGAUGAUAGGUGGGAACUACAGCUUCACCGACACUUGCAUGCCACUGGCUACUACCUAAACCCUCAGUAUCAAUAUGCAGAGAACAAAUCUACAAACCCUGAAAUAAAGUUGGGAUUAUAUCAUUGCAUGGAUCGUCUAAUAAGUGAUGCAACUGAAAGAUCAAAUGCUGAAUUGCAAUUGAUACCUUUUAGGAACAAAGAAGGUUUUUUUGGAUUACAACAAGCAAAAGAUACAAUUGCAAAACGAUCUCCAGUUGAGUGGUGUAUUCAAUUUGGUGAUAGGACUCCAGAAUUACAGCAUUUUACUGUGAAAGUUUUGGGUUUGACAUGCUCUUCAUCUGGCUGUGAAAGAAAUUGGA